UUUGAAUAAACUGUCAUGUAUGCUGACCAGUCUACUUUUUUAAAACAGCCUAAAGGCAAGAAGUCCAAGGGGAAGAAGGUGGCACCAGCCCCUUCGGUGGCCAAAAAGCACGAGGCUAAGAAAGUGGUCAACCCCCUGUUCGAGAAGAGGCCAAAGAACUAUGGCAUUGGUCAGGACAUCCAGCCAAAGCGUGAUUUGACACGCUUUGUGAAAUGGCCCCGUUACAUCCGCCUGCAGAGGCAGCGCUCCAUCCUGUACAAGCGUCUGAAGGUCCCCCCAGCGAUCAACCAGUUCACCCAGGCACUAGACCGCCAGACUGCCACACAGCUGUUCAAGCUGGCCCACAAGUACAGGCCGGAGACCAAGCAGGAGAAGAAGCAGAGGCUGCUGGCCCGCGCUGAACAGAAGGCUGCUGGAAAGGGAGACACCCCAACAAAGAGGCCACCUGUUCUCCGUGCAGGUGUGAACACUGUCACCACUCUGGUGGAAAGCAAGAAGGCCCAGCUGGUGGUCAUUGCCCACGAUGUGGACCCUAUUGAGCUUGUAGUCUUUCUGCCUGCUCUGUGUCGCAAGAUGGGCGUCCCUUACUGCAUUGUCAAAGGCAAGGCCAGGCUGGGAAGACUGGUGCACAGAAAGACCUGUACCUCAGUCGCCUUCACACAGACAAACCCUGAAGACAAAGGUUCCCUUGCCAAGCUGGUGGAAGCCAUCAAGACUAACUACAAUGACCGAUAUGAGGAGAUCCGUCGUCACUGGGGAGGUGGUAUCAUGGGUCCGAAGUCCACAGCCCGUAUUGCCAAGCUGGAGAAGGCUAAGGCCAAGGAACUGGCCACCAAGCUCGGAUAAACUGUUUGAUAUCAAAAUAAAUGUCUCAAGAAAUAUGCUUGUUUUUUUUGUCCAAUGAGAACCCCUAUGUUAUGCAUGUGAACCUUAAAUGGAUAUUGUGCUGAUCACAUGAGUUUCAAAUGUCAACGGUAGUGGCACAUUUUGUAUGUGUAUUGAAUCUAUAAAAUAAAUGAUCAUACACCA